UUGUUGCAGUAUAUUCGUAAACUGUAGAUUGAAGAAAAUGAAUAUCCACCAUUAAAUUCGCUGAAAACGAAAGACGCCCGAAUUUCAAUCUUUCUUCGCAAUUCCCAAUGUUGUUUCCAUCCACCAAUUCUUAAACACAAGCACAAAAACGCCACUCAACCCCAGUUUCCACUUCUUUCUCUCUCCUAUCCAACACCCGAUUUCCCAAUUGCGAAUGGGUGUUCUUUCUUUAAUCUGGAAUUAAGUACAUCUUUCGCAUCAAGAUUAGCUUAUCCUUCUUUUAGUGAUGAGCAUCAAGUUACCUGAUAAAACCCAGAAAAACAAUGUGAUGGAACAAACACUGAAAUCCCCACUUACAGCUACACAAUCCCACGAAAAAAGCCCUUCAAUUGACAUCAACUUCUUCGGAUGGUCCCUUCUUUCAAUCAUCCCUUGGGCCGUAAAUCUCAAACAUAAAUUACCAAUUCCAACUACAAUAAACAAAGACUUAACAAGACGAGCAAGAUCACGAGUUAGUGAUUUGCAAACCGCUACUAAGUCCCCUCAACUACGGUUCAGACCGUACGUGUCUAAGGUUCCUUGGCAUACGGGCCCACGGGCUUUCUUGUCUCAGUUCUUUCCUAGAUACGGUCAUUAUUGUGGGCCGAAUUGGUCGAGUGGGAAGGACGGCGGGUCCCACGUUUGGGACAAACGGCCUAUAGAUUGGUUGGAUUAUUGUUGCUAUUGUCAUGAUAUAGGCUAUGACACUCAUGACCAAGCUAAGCUGUUGGAGGCGGAUCUGGCUUUUCUCGAGUGUUUAGAGAAGACUCAUGUGCAGACUAAGGGGAAUAAACAUGUUGCUCAUGUUUAUAGGACAAUGUGCACUCAAGGUCUCAGGAACAUACUUGUACCGUACAGAACAUAUCUUGUGAAGCUUCAAUCAGGACAGCCUUUGCUUCAAUUUGGAUGGUUGAGCAACAUGGGGUGGAAAGGAUGGAGUUGGCGAACAAACGUGAAGAUAGAAUGAAUGAUCAUACAUCAAAUCAUCAAGUAUGGAGUAUGAAGUUUGUUUAUAGUUUUCGUUUUUUUUUUAAAAUGUUGUGGACUUGUGGUAAUAUAUCCAUCACAUUCUGUACAUGUUAAAGAAAGAGUUUCAAACUUUUUUUUAUUUUUUGGUAGUUUUCUGCAACUGUUUGUUGUAGCUAAUCUAGGAAAUGAUUUCCUGUGCUGUAAAUAUUUUACUAUCAAGUUAUUCAUAUAUGAAGUUGCAAAAAAUUUCCAGGUUUGUUA